GCCUCCUCCUUGUGUAAAGAUAUGGCCACUUCAUCAACAAACCUCUGCUUUCCUUCUUUGCCUCCUUUGACUACUUCAAAGUUCAAAAUUGGCCUCUGUCAGCUAUCAGUCAGUUCAGACAAGAAUCAGAAUAUUAUCCAUGCUCGGAACUCCAUGAAAGUUGCUGUUGAUCAAGGCGCAAGGCUAGUUGUUUUACCUGAAAUGUGGAACUGUCCUUGCUCAUCUGAUUACUUUGCUAAGUUUGCUGAGGAUUUUAGUCAUGAGGAUUCAUCACCGUCUUUUAAAAUGUUAUCAGAAGUUGCUUCUUGUUAUAGAAUCACCAUUGUAGGAGGGUCAAUGCCUGAGUGGUGCAGUGGUAGGUUGCAUAACACUUGCUGUGUUUUUGGACCGGAUGGAAAGCUGAAGGCUAAGCACAGGAAAAUACAUCUAUUCGAUAUUGACAUUCCUGGAAAGUUUUCAUUCAAGGAAUCUGACUCCUUUGCUGCAGGAGAGGAACUUACCAUUGUCAACACAGAGGUUGGACGAAUUGGCAUAGGAAUUUGUCACGACAUGCGCUUCCCAGAGCUUGCCAUGCUCUAUAAGGAAAAAGGUGCACAUUUAAUCUGCUAUCCUGGGGCUUUCAACAUGAGUACUGGUGAAUUGCUGUGGGAACUUGUACAACGAGGAAGGGCGAUUGAUAACCAGUUAUUUGUUGCUACUUGCUCUCCAUCUCGAGAUUCUGCAGCUAGCUAUACGAUAUGGGGACAUUCUACUGUUGUUGGACCGUUUGGAGAGAUAAUUGCAACAUCAGGCCCUGAAGAGACAGUGGUAGUUGCUGAGAUUGAUUACUCUGAAAUCCAACUUCGGAGAGAGAGCCUUCCACUGGAGAAACAAAAACGAUCAGACAUCUAUAGAUUUGUAGACAUGCGAGAUCAAAGCUAAAAAAUACUUGAAGUUGAAAGACUAAACAUGCCUGCUAAUUGGUUUCUCCUUGACCUUAAGUAGUGGAGCCUUGUGAUCUGGGUUAGAAGCAGAAUCAACCCCAUGUUAGUAGUAUAUUCAACUGAAGAUGAGUGAUACUAGUGCCUCUUAAUGGUCCUUUUAGAAAAAAAAAAUGUAUAAAUGAUCACGAGAUGA